CUUCUACUUUUUUGCUGACCACCUAUUUUACCAGGCGUGAUGUCCUUCUCCAGGGACGGAUCCCUCCUGAUAACACGUCCAAAUAGAAGAAUAUAAAAAAAUCAAUUAUUUUACAUUUAGAAUAUUGGGUAACGUGGAGGCAGACAGACGUAUAGUGACAUUUAAGUAAUAGGACCUUAGUUAACCAGCAACCUUAACUAUUUGUGACCCCUCCAAUGACUGGGAGUUAUAUACACAAGGACUCUCAGAAGCCAACUAGAUGUCACAUGGUACACCCACUUCACUUACAAGAGAGAAUAUUUCAUCCUUCGGAUGUAUUUUAUAUUUCUUUCCAUGCAAAUUUAGCUAGCUUAUUUUUCUGGUUUCAAACAAAAUAUACAACGGAUGAGAAACAGCAAAUUUGAGUUGACCAUCUUAGCAAAUAAGAGGACCUUAAGAAUUAAUUAGUUAAAUUUCCUCAUCUUACUUAAAACCAAAGAGGUUAAGUGAUUUAUCCAAGGUCACUUGCCUAGAAAUAGUAACCCAAAUCCACUUGACUCUUAAUCCAGUAUUCUUUUUAUUCCACCACAGGGCAGAAGGAGGCUCUAUAAAAAGCAUCACAAUAUUGAGAAGUAACAGCGUAACAGGCUAUAGAAUGCAGAUACAAGAACUCAAGAAGCACCACGGUUUCAGAAUAUCAACACCUUUGAGAACAGAAUGUUAAUGCUUGAUGGAAUGCCGGCAGUCAGAGUCAAAACAGAGCUGUUGGAAUCUGAUCAAGGGUCUCCAGACGUCCACAACUAUCCCGAUAUGGAAGCUGUUCCCCUGUUGCUAAAUAAUGUGAAAGGGGAGCCCCCAGAGGACUCGUUAUCUGUAGAUCACUUCCAAACACAAACUGAGCCAGUGGACUUGUCAAUAAACAAAGCCAGGAUAUCCCCUACAGCCGUUUCAUCCUCCCCAGUUUCCAUGACAGCGUCUGCCUCCUCACCUUCUUCUACUUCAACCUCUUCAUCGUCUUCUAGUCGUCCAGCCUCAUCCCCAACUGUUAUAACAUCAGUAUCUUCAGCAUCAUCUUCGUCAACAGUAUUAACGCCAGGGCCCCUUGUUGCCUCUGCGUCUGGUGUAGGAGGCCAGCAGUUUUUGCACAUUAUCCAUCCUGUACCACCUUCAAGCCCCAUGAACUUACAGUCUAACAAACUGAGUCACGUUCACCGCAUCCCUGUGGUGGUCCAGUCGGUGCCUGUUGUCUACACAGCUGUACGGUCACCUGGAAAUGUGAACAACACUAUUGUAGUGCCCCUUUUGGAGGAUGGGAGAAGCCAUGGCAAAGCACAAAUGGACCCUCGAGGCCUAUCUCCCAGACAAAGUAAAAGUGACAGUGAUGAUGAUGACCUGCCAAAUGUGACCUUAGAUAGCGUUAAUGAAACUGGAUCUACGGCCCUUUCCAUAGCCAGAGCAGUACAAGAGGUACAUCAAUCCCCAGUAUCGAGGGUCCGUGGAAAUCGAAUGAAUAAUCAGAAAUUUGCUUGUUCAAUUUCACCAUUUAGUAUUGAGAGCACAAGACGCCAGAGACGGUCUGAAUCCCCAGACUCCAGAAAACGGCGUAUCCACAGAUGUGACUUUGAGGGAUGCAACAAAGUGUACACAAAAAGUUCUCAUCUGAAGGCUCAUCGGAGGACACAUACAGGAGAGAAACCUUACAAGUGUACCUGGGAAGGCUGCACCUGGAAGUUUGCGCGUUCGGAUGAACUGACAAGGCAUUACCGCAAACACACAGGAGUGAAGCCAUUCAAGUGUGCGGACUGCGAUCGCAGCUUUUCCCGGUCAGAUCAUUUGGCACUGCACCGCCGGAGGCAUAUGCUGGUGUGAGGAAGGCUACCUGUCCAGCUGAGCAUAAGAGCUGGAUCUCUUAGCGGCACCCGAUUCAGCAGGGCUGGAUCCCCUUCACAGUGUUAACACAAAAGGGCAUCACCAUCCCACGAUGUCUGAAACCAGAGCAGGAGAAAGAAGUAACACUUCUCCUUUUGGUCUGAAGGUAACCCCCAUCAUGACUACCCGAGAACAUCUUCACGCUGGCCUGGGAGAUCGGUGGCAUAAAUGCUGAGGAGACAGGCAUUGUUUUCCAUGCUGUGUACUCUGCCAUUUAAAGAUGUUUGUAGCUUGUACAUUUUCUGAGCUGUCAGACAUUUUAUUAUUGAUAUGUUAAAGCUCAACUGCCACAAAUCGAUGGCUAGAGCAAGACCUUUUAAAUUUGGAUUCUUCUCCCACCCUCCCACCCCUUCACCCCUUUUUACAAAAAUUUUAGUUACUGUCUGAGUGAGCUAGAACACACAUCCAAUCUGUUACCAGCAAGCAGCAUGAAAGUAGAAAAGAAGAAGCUGUUGGAGAGGUUCCAUUACCUGCAAAGAAAGGGGCACUCAAGCAGCCCUUUGCAAUAGUGAUGACGGCUAUUAGAUAUCACCCGCAACUUGUCAUUAUGCCAUGCCCUGAAGAGAACCAACAUCGAACCUGUCGUUUGUUGUUGAUUGUUUCUGUUUUGUUUUUAUUCUGUUUUGUUCAUCCGUUCAAGCAGAGGGGCAGCAACAUUUCAGUGGAACUCAAGUCCCGGUGUAUACCCUGGCAUGGUCUGGCACAGAGGUGUGCGUAGUUGAAUAGGAAGAGCCUGACUAAAAAACUACUGCCCCACUUCAAAUUGCAGUGUUCUGUCACCUAGGCCUCAUCUCUCCCAGCCCCUAGUAUUUGAUUACAAGGAAUCAGGGGGGAAAAGACUCUUAGACACACUGGCACCAAGGUAAGAGGUGGGGCGGCCCAGGUAAAGUCAGUGAACAUGAAAAAUCAGACAAAGCAGAGAUGGAAAUAAUGCGCCUCUUGAGGAGAAAAGCAAUAAUGAAUAAAAGGACUUCCCUACAAUAACUUCAAUGAGGACUCACGUUACCAAUUUUCAUACUUACUAAAGGGAUUGUAAGAAACACCCCAGCAUUUUAGAUGUCUUGGUUACAUUUACAGCGUUGAGGUAAUCUUUCUGCUGUUUGUUGUCCUGCUUGGUUGAGUACCACAAUUAAAGACUAUGCUCCCCUUUUCUUGUUUGAAAACAGUUAUUUUGGUGACUAGAAAGGCAAGGGAGGCAUAGCAGGAAAUUAACUCUUGGGUUAUUGGGUCAGUUCUCCUUGGAACUGAGUCAGCGGAAAGGGAAUGCUCCCCAAGGAAAGACUGACACGGUGCUAGUUUCCUCUCUUGGAGAGCCAAGGAGAGGCAACUCUCCAAUAGGUUCUUCUCUACAGAUUUCAUUUCCUAAACUGUUUGAGGACCCAGUGGUUCAUCGGUAUCUACAGGGAUGUUGAACCCACUCAUCCUGUGCUGAGGAUGAAAGGAAACUAUAGUCCCAUCAGCCCCUCUAAUUGUGAACCUUUAUUGCAACUAGCAAAGUAUACAGUAAACAAAGCAAUACAUCACCAACAAGCAUUCUUUCAGAAAAAAAUGAUCACAUUUUUUUCCCCACUAAAAGCUGUUUUUUUUCCAGCUUUAUGUGGCUAAGGGGCUUGGUGAGGUUUUUUGUUGUUGUUGUUAAGAAUUUUUAUAGCUUAGAUAUAAAGGGUCUUCAGAAAAGGCCUUUGCAAUAUAUUUUAAUUACAAACACUUGAUUUUGGGAAUGGCACAAAUUAACCUCACAAUAUUACUAGCUCAUUUUUUAAAUGUUUGAACAUGCUGAAAUAAUUUCUGGUUAUGGAAUUAUCCUUUUAAGGAUUAUCUUCUAAUUCAGAUAAUCUUGUUCUGAUGAAGGAAGAACUAUGAACAAUGAAACAAGGAAGAAUUGUGUUGGAUGGUAUUAAAAAGGAAUUUUUAAAGAUGUUCAAGCAGAAGUAUAAUGAUUUUCAGGUCAAAUUCUGUCUUCAAAAAAUAUGUGCUCUACAUUUUCUGCCAGGUCUGAAAAAAAUUCAUCAGGCAAUUUCCCUCCAACAAGGGCUGCAAUUCUAUUGAUAAGUAGCUUCUUUGGCUACACAAUCUACUACCCACCAAGCACUGGGGUUUUUUACCAACUGGAAAGUUUUUUUAUCUGUACUGUAUGCAACUCCUACUUAUCAUUGCCUGUGACCAUUCAAAAUAGAAAAAAAGGCUUCUUGAUGCAUGCCAGCGUUGGUGACUGGUCAGUGGCAACGAUCACAGAGAGUGGCGAACACAGCUAUGAGCUCCUGUACACCAAUUCUAGAACCUAGUUGGCAGGUAGUAGAUAAAUCACUCAGGUAAAGCGUAGAUUUGAUUUAAUUCUGCCUGUACUCAUUGGAAAGACCAGUCCAUUUCUCUGCUGAGAGAUGUCUUGGGAGUGUUACAGGUAGGAAUGGUUGUUAGAAUUCAUAGAACUGACAGGCAGUGGGAGCCUCCUGAGUUAGUUACAGCUUGGUUUAAACUUAGCACAGAACUAAACGAUCUGCUCCUCUCUAAUAACAUAGGAAAGAUUCAGGGAAAUAAGCUUUUCUUCUUACCCUCUGAAAGUGGAAACCAGACUGAGACGGUAAGUUAAACAGGGAAGCCUGUCAGCAUCACGCCAUUUCUCCCUCUUAAGGUAUCAAUGCUUCUAAAGAGGGAUCCAAGCACAAAUAAGUGAACCCGUCACUGAUAGAGGAGAGAUGUUUAAAUCAGUCCCCAGGAGCUGAAAUUUAUUUGGGACUUGGCUUGGGACAUAGCAGAUUCUCCUUGCUGAGCUUUCUAAAAGUGUUUUCUCAUGGAAAGGAAAGUGGUUUUGGACGGAAGGAAAUGGGUUUUUAAGUAGGGAUAUCGUUAAGCAUAGAAAAGGCGCCAUUUCAUUUUAUGUCCAUUUGUAGCCUCUUUGAAAAAGCACAGUACGUGAUGAGCAACAGAAAAGGGGUAGAGUCCUGAAGAAAUUGGCAGGUUGUUCUCUAACUGGAAGCAUUCUUUGGUUUUAUAUUUGAAGCUGUUGGAUUUGCAGCUGGGGAUGUGUGUAUGUUCGUGAACGUAUAUGCAUAUUGCUGUCCUGGUUUCAGAAGCUGCGGUAGACAUGACUCUCUCUUUGCAUUGUAGAGAUUGAUUUCAGGGGAGUUUAAGGAUUUCAAGGAAAAGUUAUGAGGUUCCGACUGAGAUGUUAAUAGAUUCCCUUCUCAUAUUCUGAUCUUAAAUUGUUUGGAAAAAACAUUCCCGCUCCCUUACCGCCCUCCAGCCCCAUCCCGUCAGUUGUGCAAAGGCUCGGAGCAUCCAGCUUAAUAAAUUGUCUUUAAGUUCUGUUAAGGCAUAUGGUAACGAAAUUCCAAAUGACUUUACCAUAGAAAUUAUACUACUGCCUGGCAUUACUUUUACAAAACACUAUAGAACAGUUAGUUUCAAAAGCAGUAAACGUAACCUAGACCACAUUUUUUUUUUUUAAGAUGGGCACUUUUUAUUCACUUUAGUGUUUAAGCGAGAAAUAGGAAGACCCUUUUCAGGGAAAAAAACAUAAACAAAAUGCUACAGUGUUUACAAAUGCCAGUUCCAGAUGAUUAGAAAGGCCAGUUUCUUUAUGCCUGAAACUUGGAAUAGUUUAUGCAAAGACUGUGUUCUUUUUUUUUUAAUACAACUUUUUUUUAACUUCAAGUUACCAUUUGUAUUUUAAACAUAAAUAUAAUUCUGCACUUUGAAAUCAGUUCACUAGAAUGAUGACCUGUUUAUGGAUAAAGAUGCAGUAUUCCUUAUUCUGUGCUUUAUUUAUUAUACUUACUAAAGCUGCAAUUGAAUAAAUCCGGUGAGGUGAGGCCUUCAAAUGUGUUACUACGACUUUGUUGUUAUGACUGCUUAGAAAUGUAGCCAUGAUAUUGUUAUAAAGGUGUCUUAACAUUUCUAGUAAGGACUGACAGAAUUUAAGCAGUGUUAACAGUACCAGCAUCCAUGUUUCAUUGAGAGUUACAGUCUGUGUCUAAAGGACUAAAGUGAUAUAACUUUUAUGAAUCAUCAUAGGCCCAGGAAGCCUGAAUACUCAUAGUGCAUAAUCCAGUCUCAGAUUUUUGCUCUUUACUAAUUCCUGUAAAUUUAGCAGGUGAAAUCUAUUCAGUUACAACUUACAUUGAUCAAAUCUCCUACUUUAGUUUUUCUGAGAUGGUGCACCCCAUAAAAAAAAAUCUUUACAAGUUGAUUUUUUUUUUAGAAAAGGGGUUUGGUAAGUCAUGUCUUCCAUAUUAUAGUUCUUCUUAUCCCCAUACUACCUUUCCCUUACCUGUACAGGCAUCCCCAACACAUACAUAUGUGUAUACACAUCUGUAUAUGCAGCCAGUUGGCUAUGCAUACUUAAUAAGCAUCAACAAAGACAUUUUUUAAAAGAGAAAAUUUGUAAUAACCCAUGCUGUCUAGAAAUGUAAGUUAUUUACCAGCUUAUAAUGCUAUAUAUGACUUUACCUGCAUUUUAUAGUUAAGAAAUGUACAUAAAACUAAAAAUGCUAUAUUUUCACAGUUUCAUUAUAGAGUAAUGUCUGUUUAGCAACCCAUGCCCAUUGGUACACAUUAAAUAUGCUAAAUACUGAGCAAUUGCAAUAGAAAUUCAGAUUUUCAUAAGAAAAUGAAAUAGGAUACUGCAUCUUUAAAAAAAUAGAUUGAAGAUAUUUUACUGUAUUCGUAACGUGAUAGUAGAAAAAAUAUUUUCAAACUCAAAUUUUACAGAAGUUGUAAAUAGUUUGAUGAAGUAUGUUGGGGAAAAGAGCUCUAGUUUUCAUCACAAUAAAUAAAAAAUAAAAAUAAAACUUGUUCAGAUAUGCCUUGUAUAUCUUCCACAUGAUUAGCUGUAUUGCCAUGGCAACUCAACUGUUCCACUUUGUCAGAGCACGUUCCUUGUCUUCAGAAUGGAGUGGCCACUUGUCUCGAUUUAACCAGGAUGGUUUAAAACACAAUGAAGUCAUUCUGAGUUGCGGACAACUGAUUCCAAACUCAAAAUAUCUUUGCCUAAAAAGGGGAAAACAGCUACACAGGAUUUUACUUGUGCUAAUUUUCUCAGUGAUAUUUCUACCUUAACAAAGUGGUUCUUAAUUAAAAAACGAACAUACAGGUGUUUAUAUUUUAGAGUCAAUACUUUUAGGCAUAGUUACCUGUUGACAAGAUUAAGUGUUGUGGAUAUGGCCACGUGUUAAAUGAAUCUCUACUGGCAAUAGAAAUAAGCUAAUGCCCAUUUUCAGAAAUGAAUUAAAAGCUGAAAGUGCCUGUCAAUAAACAUUAUGACCGAUGAGAACUUCUAUACAUUUACACAGCAAUAAUCCUUCAUCAGACUGGGUUUUUCCUCCACAUUUGGAAAACACACACAAUCACAAACACACACACACAUACACACACAGUAAUUUAUGCACAUAGUAAAUUAAAUCUAUUGACACACCCACAAAAUCUUUUGUGUCUUUUUAAUAUACCUAAGCUUAUUUGCAUUAGCAUUUCUUAAUUUGAUCUUUCUCACUUGUGGAAUGUAGAGUGCAAAUCUGAACAUUAAAGUUAACUUCAGUGUAUAGUAUGGCAUAUGGCAAUUACAAUUUUUAGAUAAAAACUUCACUGUGAUUUGCCCUAAACUUAUAAAGCACUGUUUUUGGCUCAUAAAGUUUUAUUCAGUAAAAAAACAUAAAACAAUUAUUCAGAGUAUAACACUGAGGAUUUUUUGCUUAGUUGUUUGAUUUUAUCCACUAAUAUCAAAUGCACAAAUUACAUUUCUUUUAUUCCUUUUUUCCUUAAUAUUUCCUGUUAUCAUCUAAGAACCAUUUGUGAAUAAAUAUUAACAAAAUCAUUUCUACCCAAAAAGUCUACUAAAGUGCUACUACUAAGACUUAGUAAGCCUAAUCUUCAGCCAGGGUUUGCAGCUAAUUCUGAAAACUACCAGAUUUACAUUCAGAAGUUCACAGUUUUUUUCCUAUAAUUAUUUUACUGCUAAAAGUGGAGUCAGGGAUAGAAAUAUGCGAUCAGAUCAUUUGAACAGACAUGAACCCUGCAAAUUCUCCAACCCUACUGUCUCAGAGCACGAAUUCACCCAAACAAGCUAUUGAGGCUAUCAGUAAAAUUAUACUCUUUCAGAGCUGAACGUUUUGUAAGAGCAAUUAAAAAAAAUAUGACUGUGAUUAAACAUCCAGGCUUCAGACCGUGAACAUGAUCACGAUGGACAUUGCUUUCCAGAACCUGACCACAUGCCUAGAAAGCCAUCUACUCUUUCCUGUUUCAAGUUUCAGAUAAGAAGAAAGGGAGGAGGAAAUGUGCUGGGGCUUGUGGGGUAGAGUCCCUCUGUAAGUGUCAAAGGAAUGUCUCUGGAUUCCUUCAUUUCACUGAAGUGAAGUCUUACGUCUGGGUGUCCUUCUGCAUGUUGUCUGACAGUGUUAAAUUGGAAGGUCAAAGAUUCAGGAAACCAUGAAAAUAAUAGCUAUCCUUUAUUGGACAUUUGCUGUGUACCAAGAAUGACGCUAGGCACUCUUUAGACGUGUUGCCUUUGCCUCUAAUCUCCACAACAGUUCUACGUUUUACGGAUGGAAGAACUGAGGCACAGAGAGGGUGGCUGUGUUGUCUGUGAGCACAGAAAUGGUAAACGGUAGAGUAGGAAGGUGAGUCCGCUUACCCCUGUAUUCGAAGCCUUUGUCCCUCCCACUCCACCAUGCUUCACCUCUAUGCCCCACAGCCAAGUUUCCGUAUUUCUAACUCUAAGUAGUUCUAUUAUGGGCAGCAUGCAUGCGUAGGAAUCAUAUUUUCCAAGUAAAAUAUUGGAACAUGAUGUAACACAUGAUUUGGUGGUGGUACAGAAUAUUUGAAAUCAGGACUCUCCUGGAAAGUCAGAUAUGAAGGGUCAUAAAAAAACAGCAACAACCAGAUGUCUCCCUGAAUUUGUCACUUUCCUCCUAAAUGGUUGGCCUGGAGCCCUAAAAUCGAUCAAAACUCUACUUAGUAGCAUUUUAGCCUGAAUUGAUUUUCUCAAUUCUGCAUAUUUCUUUGUAUGUGUAGUAAAAACUUUUCCAAUAUAGAUUCAAAAUUUUCACCUCCAUGGAACUAGUGUUAACAUCAGAGCCCACUCGUGCAGUGGUUAAUGGGGUGGUAAUGGGGUGGCAAUCACAGCAUAUUUGGAUGAUGAACAAGGAAAAAUAAGACAAUUCCUUUUCAGAUUUCUUGCCUGAUAGCACCACCGUGGAAUGUUUUAAAUAGUCCCAUAAAUGGUUCGUCUGUAGUAUUGUUAGUUUAAUUGAAUUUUCUGUUAAGAAGCUAUUCAACAUCAGAGAAAUGAACCCGCCCCCCACUUUUCUGUGUAGAACAAGGUCUCUGACAGUAUUGAUUCAUGCAAGUACUAAUGGACUUAGCAAACAUUAAGAGAAUGGCAUUUCUCAUAGUGUUUCUGUUUCUGAAAAUGAAUCUCCUGAAUUAUGAUCUUCCCAGUUACUUGGCUGGCGGAAGAGAUAAAACCUCUAUAAACAAAUUCCCUUCCGUGCUGAAAGCAAGGGUUCUGUAUGUACAACCUACUGAAGACUGAGACUCAGUUAAUUGGGUUUCACAAGCAAUAAUUUCUCAACAACAAAACCACAACUUAGAGUUGAAGCGAGAUGAAUAGUGGAAAUAGUCACAUCAGUACUUUUUCUUUCUGGAUUUCAUCUCUAGAAAUGUGAAGUGUUUGAGAUAACAGAGUCUGCCCUUUGUGCAAGGAAAGAACCAAUGACUUCUCUUGUGUGAGUUAUAUCUUGCUUCUUCUAAAGCAGGUUAAACCAAGACCUUCACAGAGAUUCAUUUUUGUUGAGAAAUGAGGGUGAAGAGGAGGGUAGAAUGUGGGUCCAAAUCUAGUAGUAAACAUGCCCAAGCAAUCAAAAAGUAAGAUAUUUUAGGAACAUACCAGUACCUUUCCUUUCUGCUAAUUUCACACGCUAGAAUUAUAGCAUACCACAUUAUAAAAAAUACAUUUGCCCUACUUGUAUUUCUAGUUUUUUCCAUAGCAGAAUUUUGUAAUUACAUCCAGACUAUAGUAUAUAUUUUGUUCCUCAAGCUUUAUUACAUUGGAUGGGUAUUGUUGAACUGGGGCACUGGUGCCUAUACUCAAGGCUCUUUCCUAUCAACUUGUCUGUCCACAAUUUGUAGUGUUUAAAGAUUCAUUUUUUUGAAAAUCGCUAUCCCCCCACAGGAUGGUGGCUGUAUUGUUUUGUCCAUGUCUAUGUGGGACACAUUGCAUCACAUGGCUAACCAACUCUCUGUGGAUGUGAGAUAACUACUUACAAAACCAGCUUGAAAACAUUGUCUUAUGUAUUAUGUCAUCCUGCAUCAUAAUGUAAUUAUGUGUAUCAUAACAUGCUCAUUUAAAAAAAAAAAAAAAGAAACCAGCAAAUUCA